UUGUAUGUUGCUGUUGAUGCUGCGCAUGCCGCAAUCAUGCCGGCGUUUCACGUGCAACAACAAAUACACAACAACAUCAGUGGCAAUACCGUUAUCGCAGUACCUUUCUGCUGGAAUGCUGCGUAAACCCAUCUGCAUGUGACGCCGACCGUUGCCGCAAUAAGGUCCUUAUUAUAUACCCGGUAUUACCGUUUUUAAAAUGAUCUCAACGGUAUUCUGCCUGUUGUUGGUCGUGCUGGUGUCAGCAAUCGGUUCCGUAUCGAUCCCUGCAGAUUGGAGACGCUACAUCAGUCCAGAUGUCCUGAAGACCUCCAACACGCACAGCAACAAGGCGCUAUACGCCAAUGACUAUUUCGAAGGCGACAUUAUCGGUUUCGAGAACAGCAUGACGGAAAACGAAUUGUCAAAAGCCGUGGACAACACCAUCAACGACGAGCGCUUCAAGUGGACCGGCGGCAGCAUUCCCUACAAGAUCGCCGCUGAUAUCCAGCGCGGCAACGCCUUCAAACCAGAGGAAAUGGAGGCCAUCCAGAGAGCCAUGCUGUCCAUCACGAUUCUUACGCAGAACUGUAUUCAGUUUGUGGAGCAGACGAACGAGAAUGAUUAUAUCAGCUUUCUGCCGAAAAGCAGCCGGUGUGCGUCGAGUAUCGGUCGGCAAGGCGGGAAGCAAUCGAUCUACUUGGCUCCCGGAUGCAUGGCCACCGACGGCGACAUCCAGCAUGAAAUUCUCCACGCGCUAGGCCUUUCCCAUGAACAGGCGCGAUUGGACCGCGACGAGCACGUCAAUGUCAACUGGGACAACAUUCCCCCAUCGGAUCGCGAUCAGUUCAAGAAGUACAACAGCCAGACCUUCGGCCUCCCGUACGACUACCAGUCCGUCAUGCACUUCAAGUACAACGCUUUCGCCAAGAGCGCCUCGGCGCCGACGAUCAUCCCAAAGAAACUGGCGGCAGCGUUGGGACAGAGCACCAAUCUCAGUCCGCUAGAUGUGGUCAAACUGGAGCGGCAUUUCGGGUGCCCCAUUGUCAACUCUACCCAACUCAUAGCUCAAACGCAAAAACGUUUCUCCGGAUCGGCGGAGAAAUCCGUGCGCGACGAUGACGCCGAACUCUACCCGGCGUUCCUCAACACCCGGCUCUCGCAACUCGAAUGUCAGGAGCUCUUCACUGACCGUUGCCAGCCGCCGGGCGAUAAAGACAACUGCUCAGCCGUGGACACCUCCGUCCUGGAGAUCAGCUGCAGCUGGGAGCUCAGUCUCCUGGAACUCCGCGGUCUCCUGCAGAACCUCGCCGGCUUCGGCAUGCGCCAGAUCAUCGUCGACCUCCCCGACAAGAUCUACAUCACGGCGAACCUGUGGAGCCCGGUGCGGCCGCAGAUCGUCGUCUACCAGACGUACAACUGCAGCAGCGCCGAGACCACCGCCAAGGUUUCCGGGAUGAGCAGUUUGCUGAGUUUGUACUUGAAGUAUUGCGACGGACUCGUCAUCCAGAAGACGCACUUCCAAGGGACUCCGAAACUGCGCUGGGUCCGGAUGGUGUAUUCCAGCAUCGCCGCGCUGGAGAAGGGGACGUUCCUGAACCUCCUGGAUCUGCGGUUGUUAUCCCUGGAGAUCUCCUUCUUCUACACACCGUUCACGGAAACCGGACGGGCGUUUAUUGGGCGACUGCACUGCCAGACGGAGUUGGCGUGGUACCGGAGGUUCUUGCAGCGGAACCCGGUGCUGUUGGCGGCGAAAUUGCCGGGGGAGGUGUACCAUGUCAAUGAGCGCUGGCAGAGCGUCGGAUUGGGGAAGUCGGAGAUUUACUAUCCGGUGGAUUGUUCCAAGGAGAUCCCACUGAACCACUCCGCGGUGAAUUUUAAUAUUGAGGCGUACUCGCUGAACGAUAAUCUCAAGUACAACGUGAUGCCCCGGGAUUUGGAGCAGCACGGACGGGAGAAUUUUAAAGAGAAGAUUGCUGCGCAGCCUGUUAAUGCUUACGAUGAUAAUGUACCCGAAACAUAGGUUUGUUGUACUUAUGUUCUGUGCUUAGAAUGGUUAUGAGGCGAUCAUGCUUCGGGUUGCUCAAAGCGAAAUGGUAUUGUUGCCGGCGACAAUACUCACCUCAGUCUGUGCUAAGGAGACGUUCCUACAGAGAAACACGGGACUUGCAAAUUUGUAUCCUUUUCGAAAUAAGAGUAAUCUAUAAUCAGUUUAAUUACAAAUCUGUUAAAGAUUUUUAUAGAAUGCCUGGGUUAAUAGGCAACGAAUGGAAUUACCUGUUUUCGUUUAAAUCUUCGUAACUCUAUUGGCUAAUGAUUAAUAUCAUAAUAUCUAUUAAAACCCGCG